CUUUUCAGGGCCAAAAUCAAAAGCUGGAAAGUUUGUUGUCACAGUGUUUUGAGCCAUUUCCUCAGAUAUAAGAAGGUGUCAUUCACUGCAAAUUUGUACAAAUAUGCAUAAGAACUGGAGGGAUUGUCAGGCAUGGCGGGAUAUUGGUUUACCUUUAUCUACAACAAGUAAUGAGGCUGCGAAGUUGUAUGAUGCUGCUGUAACACAGAUAGUGGGUUACUAUGACGACAGUUCUGUUGGUGGACUUGAGGCAACACUCAAACGCAUGUUGGAAUGUGACCCAGAUUUUGUAAUGGGCCAUGUAUUAAAAAACAAGUUCCAGGCCACACCUUGGACUGCAAAGCAUGACGCUCACAUCAAGAAAGACCUUGAUUAUUUGUUUUCCCUCACUGAUAAACCAAACACAACUGAUAGAGAGAGAGGUCACAUUGAAGCUAUCAAGCAUGCUGUUGUAGACCAUCCUUAUGAUGCAUAUGCUUCAUAUGAUAACAUUCUGGUUGAUCAUCCCAAUGAUAUCUUUGCCCUGCAUUCCUCCUUCAUGGGGUACUUGCAUAUUGGUCCAAGCACUCAGAUUAAGGAUACUGUAGGGAGAGUACUGGGUUCUUGGAAGAAAUCUGACAUACAUUAUGGAUAUGUUUCCAGUUUGUAUGCAUUUGGGCUUGAGGAAUGCAACAUGUAUGAUAGAGCAGAGAAAACAGUAUUACAGGCUUUGGAAAUGAAUAAGAAUGAUACCUGGGGAAGUCACACAUUAUGUCACAUUUAUGAGAUGACAGGUCGCCAUGACGAGGGUGCAGAGUUUAUGUUAAAAACAGAAUCUGAUUGGUGGAUGGGCAGUAACUUCCGAUGCCACAACACAUGGCACUGGGCCCUCUUCUAUGUAGAGAAAGGUGAAUAUGAAAAUGCAUUAAGCCUGUAUGAUAGAACAAUUGGAAAAAGUGCCAUUGGUCCACUGAGUUCACCAUUCCCAAUCACUGAUGCUGUGUCACUGCUACAUAGGCUAGAAAUACUAGGUGUUAAUGUUGGUGAUAGAUGGGAAGAACUGAAGCGGAAAUGUGAAGAUCACAUAGAUGACCACAUGUGGCCUUUUGCUGAUGCCCACUUUAUGUUUGCAUUCAUCCGUGACAAGGCCAGCAAAUCUGGGCAAGGACUUCUAGAGUCUAUAAAGGCUUAUGUAAGAGAUUCGGAUUUGAAGGAUGGACACAAUGCUAAAGUGUAUAGAGACAUCGGUCUUCCAAUUUAUGAGGCAAUUAAUGCAUAUGGAGAUGGGCUGUAUGGGGAAGCAGUUGACCUAAUUGCCCCUAAGAGAUAUGAGGUGGCUAAGUUUGGAGGUAGCCAUGCUCAGAGGGAUGUCUUCAGUUUGUUCCUCAUUGAUGCGGCAUUGAGAUCCUCGGAGACAAGGCAUCAUAAACUGGCCAGGAGCUUACUACGAGAGAGAAAAGCAAAUAAGCCAUGCUCCCCAUUCUCAGAUAAGCUUGUUGCGAGGUUAAUGGACUUGCAUGAUGACUAAUAAAUCUGGAUGACAUCUGAAUAUACAUGUACAGUUGUUGUCACCGUUUUUGCCUUACAAAGACAGUCAGGAUAUAAUAGUUGGACAAAAUGAAAUAAACCCGGGAUAGAGAGAGUACUGAAAGACAUUUUACCUUUGUUUAUGCAGAUUGAU